UUUAUAUGGUUAUGUGUACGUGAGUCACAAGUCAAUGCUAUCUCAGUAUUUUGUGUCUUUUCCUUACUUCUCGUGUGACCAUGUGAUUCAACAUUCUUUGUUUGGUCUAGCCACUGGACAGUGCACUAAUGUGGGGAGGAUGGGCAUGACAUUGUCUACCACCUUCAUCCUCUGCCUACAAGUUGGAGUGCUCCUGGGGUGCGGGUGCUUUCUGAAGAACAUCACCUUCCAUGUCAACAUGCGUGAAUGUGGGCACUGCAUGGCCCUCAACACCACUAUCUGCAGCGGCCUCUGCUAUACCCAGGACACAAACCUGAAGGAUUUCGUGGGCAAGCGCUUCUUGAUCCAGAGGGUCUGCAUGCACAGCUCUGUGGUGUACCACACGGCCAAGAUGCCAGGCUGCCCUGUGGACAUCAACCCUGUGUUCUCCUACCCCGUGGCCAGGCACUGCCGCUGUGCCAAAUGCAACACCAAAAGAAUUGAGUGUGUCCACAAGGCCAGAAGAAACACUAAUAGCUGCUCAAAGCGCUUGCGGGGCUUGAGCGUGGGCAAGUUCUCGUCCUUCCAGGUGACCUACAAUCGCCUCACAGAUGACGACUUUGCAGAGGAACCAGCCGAUAACCCGUCUGCACUCAUCUUUACCAACAUGAAGUCUUUUAAGAAGAAUUUCCCAGAGUGUGCCUACAGCCAAGGCUCAGACUUCUUUUGGGGGUUGUCUCCUAGCAAAGGAGAUUAUUUUAUGGUGGUGUUCGAUGAGCCUGUGCUGCUGUCACGAAUCUCCAUUGUGACAGGAUUGGAGCAGAAGGAUAUUCUUUUUAGUGCUGUUGUUGAGGUCCCAAAAGCUGACAGUGAACAACAGAUGGAGCCCUUGCAACCCAACAGUGGGCUGUGUAACAUGAUGCUCUAG